UAAUGGUUUCUUAAUCUAUUUCCCAGGACAUAAUCAAAGGUCAGCUAGCCCUUCUUUCGGGCUCUGACCACAGUUCCAAGCUUGAUAUUGGACUGAUCAACUUCAACGGUGAACCGCCCUGGUGAUAGCGAGCCCUCGCUGGCAAAACUGAACCUGAACAGGCUGCCUCUUCGUUUUAUCGAAAUUUUUGAAACCUCAAUACAAGGACCAUACGCGCUUCCGUAUCGGCUAAGACUUUUGGAUUACGUUUGACCAAUUUUAUUCGCUAGCAUUCCUACACAUUUAUUAAUUUUUAAAACAAAAAUACACCUAAGCCAAUUUACCAAACCCACCAUCAACACCAUGAAGGACAUCGUUCAGGAACGCAUCCAGAUCGUUGACGACCAGGUCGACGUUCCGGCCAUCAUUGACCAGCUUACCGGUAGCCUAUCGACCGAUGAACCGUUUUACGUGAUGGACAUCGGGGACAUCGUCCGGAAGCACAAGCAAUGGAUCGAGAAGAUGCCUCGGGUAGUGCCGCACUAUGCCGUCAAGUGCAACGACAACGAAGUAGUUUGCGCUACCCUAGCUGCUCUGGGUGCAAGCUUCGACUGUGCCUCAAAGGGUGAAAUUUCGAAGAUCCUCGCACUCGGCGUGAACCCUGAGCGCAUCAUCUUUGCUAAUCCCAUGAAGCCGAGCUCGCAUCUGCGUUAUGCCAACGCAAACAACGUCAAGACGAUGACUUUCGAUAGUGACAUCGAACUGCACAAGAUCCGCAAGCUCUGUCCGGAUGCCAAAUUGGUAUUACGCAUUCGCUGUGAAGCGGAACGGGCCCAAUGCCCACUAGGAAAGAAGUUUGGCUGCGACCCCGUCGACGAAGCUCCUCGUCUCAUCAAGAUCGCACGUAGUCUCAACCUGGAACUGGUCGGCAUCAGCUUCCAUGUUGGAUCGGGUUGUCAAGACUUCCCUAUCUACUACAAAGCAAUCUCAUACGCCAAGGAUCUUUUCAACUACGCUCAAACCUUUGGAUACGAAAUGAAUCUUCUAGAUAUUGGAGGUGGCUUCCCAGGAGACAAAGGAACUUCGAUCGAUGAGGUUGCGGUCAUCGUCAACUCUGCUUUGGAUGAGUUCUUCCCGGACAAAUCGGUUCGUGUCAUCUCGGAGCCAGGUCGAUUCUAUGUGUCUUCGGCUUUUACGCUCAUCACCAGUGUCCAAUCUAAGCGUACAUGCUUGAACGCUAUUACCGGUUCCAUCGAUCGCAUGAUGUACUACCUCAACGAUGGAGUCUACGCUUCGUUCAACUGUAUCCUGUACGAUCAUCAAGUGCCUACGCCGUUCCUGAUCGGCAACCAAGAUGGGAAACGCUACGCCACAACCAUCUGGGGACCAACCUGUGACGCGCUAGAUCAGCUUAUCGAAAACUGCCAGAUGCCGGAGCUGCAAAUCGACGAUUGGGUUGUGUUCCCGAACAUGGGCGCCUACACGAUCCCGGUGGCAAGUCCCUUCAAUGGGUUCCCGCUACCCAAGAUCUUCUGCUACAUCAGCAAGGAUACGUGGGAGAUGCUCAACAACCUGUACCCACUGGCCGAGGAAAACUUCUGCAUGCCCAACGGCACCGAGCUCGUCGUCAACUUCGAAAACGCCGUAUGUGCCUAAAAGCUUAACGCUGCAUCAACUGCACCAGCAACGAUAGAAAAGCAUUUCGGAAAAAAGAAACCUUCUACAUUUUAUUUUUUAUUUUUUUCUUUAUUUCGGUCUGUAACAAGUAUACAAAACGUAAAAUUGUACACACUCAAGUUUUUGCAAAUCCAAUUCAAGUUCAAACAGUUCUUUAAAUGUAUUGUAUUUCAUAAAAUUCCGAUAAACGAAGAGGCAGCCUGUGACUGACCUCAUUUUUUAGGAACAAUAAAGUAUUUUAUUUAUUAAAUGAAAAAUAAAACUCUUGCUUUACUAUCUA